AUGACUGAGACCAAACGCAUAAUAGCAAAUGGCCAUUACAAAAUCGAAAACGCAUCUGUAAAACUGGAUAAGCGUCGCUUGGUGGUCGCUCCGAAACAUGCCGUGAAAUUUGAUUUUGACGACAUUUCUCAACCUUUUGCGACGGAAUCAUCAGUGGGACGAACUCCGUGCCGGAUUAGACUUCUCCAAUGCGAUUGCUUGGAAGCAGCUGAACUUUUGAAAGCAGAACACGGAACUAUGCCUCUUGUUUUGGACUUUGCUAGUGGAUCAAAUCCGGGAGGUGGAGUGAAACGUAACCAGCAGGGAACACAAGAGGAAAAUAUUUGCCGACGGUCAAGUCUGUUGCCAUCACUCGAACAACAAGACUAUCCGUUGCCAUCGAUGGGUGGCAUUUAUGCUCCCGACAUUUGUGUUUUCCGAGGACCUGGACGAAGUGGUUACCCUUUGUUGAAGGAACCCUUUUGGAUAGCCAUUCUGGCAGCAGAAAUGCCCAAUUUAGCAGAGAUUGGAAAGAAAGAACGGAUCUUUAUCCAAGGCAAAAUUCAAGGAGUGCUACAUAUGGCUUUGCGGCAUGGACAUUCGUCCUUGGUCCUUGGUGCCUGGGGGUGUGGAGCCUUCGGUAAUGAUGCACGGACGAUGGCCGCCAUUUUCAAGGACCAAGGUUUGAAAACUCGCAAGGAGGAACUUGGCAAAAUUGGUACUGCCAUGGAUGUGGUCUUUGCCAUUCUGGGCCACAAUGCGAACAUCUUUAGUGAAGCCUUGGAACUCCAGAUCAGCGCGCCCGAGGGCAAACCCGAACCCAAGGAGGUGAGUGAAAGGCGCAGACCGCAAAGCGCAUGCAGCGAAGUCUUUGGAAAGCGAGGCUCCCAAUCUUCCACUGACCGUCCCAAAUCUGCUGCACCGAGCUUUCUCGGUGGCACUGGCACUGGUGCUGGCACUGGUCGUGGGGAUGCGGCAGCUGCGGCAAAUGUGCAUUUUUGUCCGGUGCCCAAUCCUUUGCCACCUCACUUAGGAGGUGGUAGCAGUGGUAGCACAUCAUGUGCACCUCGGAAGCGACCGCUUUCUGCCUUUCCAAACCGUGCAGCCGUCUCACAAGUCGGACGGCGGCCUGCAAGUGCUUGCGGUGUGCGAGAGCGCUUUGACAACGAGGCCUCCAAGAAGAAGGAGUCCUCGAACACCCUAGGUUCAAGCGAAGCACCAAGCGAAAGCAGCCGAGGAGCAUUGCCGAGCCAGGGCCCGGACCUUCUGGCUUUUGCAGCUCGAUUUGGCCCAGCGCCCCCGCUUCCACCUCUACCACCAGAACUGGAGAGAGGAAACUCGGCCAGGAAUGCACCAGGUCCGGAAGAAGAGUUGGAUGACUUCACUCCAGAGGAGAGACGGCUGGAACAAGAGUCCGAAGAGGCUCUCAACCAACUGGAGGCUCUGGAUGCAGCAGUAGAGGCUUUGCGCAUGAAGUUGGAAGUCAGCAAGGAAGACGUGGAGUGUUCGCAAGCUGAGCUUCUCCAGCUCCGGUCUGCUGCUAGCAGCUGGACCAAGGCUGCAGAGGAAAGUCGCCAAGAGCUGAAAGAUCGAGAACUUCGUUUGCAGGAGUUGUUGGCUGUGCUUCCCGCGGAAGAGGAGGAGGAGUCUGACAAGCAAACAGCGUUGGCAGCAGAGAGGCUGCGGGUGCUGCAAUUGCAGACAGAUCGGCUCCGCGAGCAGGUGGAAGUGCAGCAGGGUUUGCUUCUGCAGCGCCUGGAGGAGCGCAAGGCGUUGGAGUCUCAAGUGGAGGGCCUCACCAGCGAGCGUGACGAGCAGAGGGCAGUACAGCAGAAGGCGAGAGCAGCCUUGCGCACGGCAGAGAGCCAGCUGAAGGUGAAGGAAGAGGCGCCCGAGUAUUGGACGCGCUGUCUGCAUUUGCACGGCGUCGACAAGAUCUUGAGCGUCAAUCUGUGCGCAUGCGUGGUGAGGAGUCAAUUGGGCACUGUGGCGAGAGCGCCCUCGGAUAGCGACUUCCGUGUUGGCGUUGAGACAAACAUUUUUCACUUCAGCUGUGCAAUCAGUGCAUGCGAAAAAUUGGCUGACUGGUCGAUGGCAUUGGAAAUCCUGCGGAAGAUGAAAGAGCGACAGGUGCCCUGUAAUGUGGUGAGUUGCAGCUCGACUCUCAGCGCUUGCGAAAAAGCCUCGCAGUGGCCGAUGGCUCUGGAGCUGUUCCAGACCAUGACGGAGCAGCAAAUUUCACCAAAUCUGAUUGCAUUGAGUUCCACCAUCAGUGCAUGUGAGAAAGGAGGAGAAUGGCAAAUGGCACUGGAGCUUUUCGCCUCUGCUCACAUGGAUCACGAUGUGGUGAGCUAUAGUUCGAUGAUCAGUGCAUGUGCGCAGGGUGGCCAGUGGCAACUGGCUGUCCAUAUUCUGCAAACAAUGACAGAGAGACAGACAGAGCCAAACAUCAUCAGCUUCAACUCUGUCAUCUCUGCGCACGAAAAAGGACGUCAGUGGCAAAGAGCACUGCAUUUCCUCCUGUGGAUGUUCCAGGCCAACAAAGCUCCGAAUGUCAUCAGCAUCAGCGCGACCAUCAGUGCCUGCGAAAAGAGCGGGCAGUGGCAGCGGGGGAUGCUGUUGCUGAACACCAUGCCAGUGUGGAGCGUGAAGCCAAAUCUUGUGAGCUUCAACGCAGCCAUUAGUGCAGCCGAAAAGGCACAAGAGUGGGAAGUCGCGCUGCAGCUUUUGUCCACGAUGCUGCUCCAGAAGGUGCUGCCCUCAGUGGUUAGCUACAGCUCUGCCAUAAGUGCUUGCGAAAAAUCACUUCAGUGGGAGAUGGCUCUUGCUCUGAUGGCUGCAAUGCCUUUCGCCCGUGUGAUGCCCAGUCAAGUCACGUACAACAGUGUCAUUAGUGCCUGCGAAAAGGGCAGUCAAUGGCAAUCCGCAGUCUUCCUUCUAUUUUCAAUGCCAAAAGCUCGUGUGGACCAGGACGUGCUGAGUUUUGGCGCAGCCAUCAGUGCUUGCGCUCACAGCCACCACUGGCGUAGCGCUGUGCGGGUGUUGAAGCUCAAUGCUGCUGAUGUUGUGGGCUACAAUGGAGCAGUGGAUGCCUGUGCCAAGGCAACGCAAUGGCAGUGGGCUUUGACUUUGUGCCAAAACAGCGACUUUCUGGGCCGCAGUUUCGCCCUGGAGGCCUGUGAUGCCAGUGGUCAUUUGUCACCGCUACCGCGGCUACUUUCGGGCCUGGAUGAAGCCAUUGGAGCUCUUGGAAGCUCUCGCCUGUGA